GGUCCCACCAAGCAAACAACGUGGUCAAAGACUCUUAAGUUCGGCUUUCAAACUGUAUAAAAAAUGAAGCUGAAAACCAAGUUCGUCUAUUCGAGAACGCGCGAAGUGGCGUCGUCGUCGUGUCCCUAAUGGCGCAGAAGAGUAACCUCGUGAUCGAUCCGAAGUCCGGUUUCUGCGACUCCAACUCCGUCUUCUACAGCAAACGUAAGCCCAUCGCACACCCACCGAACCCUUUCCUUGACGUGACCACAUUCAUCUCCUCCCGAGCUCACCAUGGCAAGAUCGCCUUCGUCGACGCCUCCACCGGCAGCCACCUCACCUUCUCCGAUCUCUGGCUUGCCGUAGAUUCCGUAUCCACUUGUCUCUCCGACUUGGGCGUCGAGAAAGGCCAUGUCGUCCUCCUCCUCUCUCCUAACUCUAUCUUCUUCCCCGUCGUGUGCCUCGCUGUCAUGUCCAUCGGCGCCGUUAUAACCACCACCAACCCCCUCAACACCACCCGAGAAAUCGCCAAACAGAUAGCUGAUUCCAAACCGGUCAUCGCUUUCACCACUGGCCAACUUGUCCCCAAGCUCGCAGGGUCAAAUCUCCGAAUUGUUCUCCUGGACGAGCAGUCCACCCCCGCUGUGCAGAAUGCUCUAAUCAUUUCCACAUUCGGGGAAAUGCUGAAGAAGCAGCCAAGAAGGACCCGAGUCAGGACCAGAGUGAACCAAGAGGACACCGCGACUCUGCUAUACUCGUCAGGCACAACCGGUGCGAGUAAAGGUGUGGUGGGUUCACACAAGAGCCUCAUAGCGAUGGUUCAAAUCGUGCUCGGUCGGUUCAAUCUCGAAGGAGACCACAGGUUCAUCUGCACCGUCCCAAUGUUUCACAUCUAUGGUCUAGCAGUGUUCGCGCUGGCCCUACUCGCGUCGGGAACAACGGUGGUGAUCCUCUCCAAGUACGAGAUGCACGAUCUGCUCUCGGCGAUUCAGAAGUACCGAGUAACCUACCUCCCCUUGGUGCCGCCCAUUCUGGUGGCGCUCGUGAACGGUGCUGAUCAGAUACGGUCCAGGUACGAUCUGAGCUCGCUGCAGUCGGUCUUGUCGGGUGGUGCGCCGCUGAGCAAGGAGGUGAUCGAAGGGUUCGUGGAGAGGUAUCCGGCAGUAACGAUUCUGCAGGGGUACGGUUUAACGGAAUCGACGGGGGUUGGCGCGUCGACGGACUCGUUGGAGGAGAGCCGGCGGUACGGUACGGCAGGGUUGCUGUCUCCGGGCAUGGAUGCGAAAAUUGUGGAGCCGGAGACCGGUAAGGCUCUACCGGUGAACCGGACCGGCGAGCUUUGGCUUAGAGGUCCCUCGAUCAUGAAAGGUUAUUUCGGUAAUGCAGAAGCUACAGAAUCAACUCUUGAUUCAGAGGGAUGGCUGAAAACUGGAGAUCUAUGUUAUAUUGAUGAUGAUGGGUUCAUCUUUGUGGUUGAUAGGUUGAAGGAGCUAAUUAAAUACAAGGGUUAUCAGGUCCCCCCAGCAGAACUAGAGGCCUUGCUACUAACUCAUCCAGAGAUCUCUGAUGCCGCUGUUAUACCGUAUCCUGAUAAGGAGGCUGGACAGUGCCCCAUGGCAUAUGUGGUAAGAAAAGCUGUGAGUAAUCUAUCUGAGAGUGCAAUCAUGGACUUUGUAGCGGGACAGGUGGCUCCGUACAAGAGAAUCAGGAGAGUGGCGUUUAUAGCUUCUAUACCGAAGAAUCCCUCCGGCAAGAUUCUCAGGAAGGAUCUAAUCCAGCUUUCCACCUCCAAGCUUUGAAUCUUUGGGGAAAGAUGCAACUGCAUACACGCAUGCAUGCAUUUCUUCACUACUUAAAAAAAGGCAUGCUUUUAGCCGUUUUACGCUGCAGUACUACUGGAAGUUCUGUGCCUUUGGUUUGACAUCGAUGCUUAUGCGGGAAUUUUAUUUUCUGUGAAAUAAGUCUUGGUUGAUUAAUAAUCAUGAUAGUAAUAUCUAAUUAAUUUCGUAGUCGUUUUGAAGUAAGAACAUUGGGUUGAUGAAAGACAAAUUUUGAUC